AUGGCGUUCGAAAAUCGACGUAUACUCGAAGCGUUGGGAGAAGUAGAUAAUACGACCUGUAAGAGUCUAGCUUUAGGAGGUGAUAAAUGUGUUGAGCGCGUUCUGGGAAUACUGUGGACGCCCACUACCGAUGAGCUCAGUUUCUCGACGCAAAUGAGUAUGGAAGUUCAGACAUUGCUCAACAAUGGGGAUCGACCCACAAAGCGACAAAUAUUAAGGUGUGUUAUGUCUCUCUUUGACCCGUUGGGAUUACUUUCGCCAUUUGUAGUCCACGGGAAAGUACUGAUUCAAAAUACCUGGCGAACGGGAGCAGAAUGGGACCAGAAGGUCGACGAUGUAUCGUUCGAGCUAUGGCAAAAAUGGAUCAAAAUGAUCGAUUUCAUCUGUACCGUCCGCAUUCCCAGAUGUUACUUUAAACAAGCAACGGCCGAAACAUAUAGUAACACGCAGAUGCAUGUAUUCGUCGACGCCAAUGAAAAGGCUUACGCUUGUGCCGUGUAUUUUCGCACAGUAGAUAUCGACGGUUAUGCUCAAUGUGCUCUGCUGGCGGGGAAAGCCAAGGUGGCACCUGUCAAACCUAGGUCCGUGUCAAGAUUGGAGCUUCAGGGAUGUGAGCUUGGAGUGCGAUUAGCAAAACAUCUACAAGACCAUCACUGUGUUCCAAUAACCAAACGAUUCUUUUGGACGGAUUCAACAACUGCGUUGUCUUGGAUCCGCGCAGAUCCACGCAACUAUAGACCUUUCGUGGCUCACUGUAUUGGGAGAAUACUGGAUUUGUCGCAUGUGAAUGAAUGGAGAUGGAUAUCAUCGAAACUUAACCCGGCGGACGAAGCAACCAAAUUGGAAAAGGGCCCGUAUUUCAGUGAUAAGAGUAAAUGGUUUGUAGGGCCAGACUUUCUGCGUUUGCCGGAAGAGGAGUGGCCACGUCCAGUACAAUUAAUCGUAGCAACGACCGAAGAAUCCCGAACUUCAGCGAUGUUCCAUGCAGCUGGCACGCCUGUCAUCCGUUAUGAGCGAUACAGUAGAUGGGAAAGACUCCACAGAGCAAUGGGCUACGUAUUUCGAUUCAUGAAUAACACUCGAUCCGGACAUUUGAAAGUCUUCGGGCAACUUCAGCAAAACGAACUACAAGCAGCUAGCGAUAUGAUUUUCAAGCAAGUGCAGUAUGAAACGUAUACGGAGGAAAUCAUGAUCUUAGAAAAGAACGAGUCUAAACCUGAAACGCAAAGGCAGGCUAUUGACAAAGAUAGUAGUCUAUACCAAUUCAUGCCGGUUAUAGACGAUCGCGGUGUGUUACGACAAGGAAGUCGAGCGAGGAAAGCUGAGCAUAUGCCAUUCGAUGCCAGAUACCCCAUUUUGUUACCGAAAGAUCAUCCAGUGACGAUGCUACUAGUUGAUUACUAUCAUCGAGUUUACCGACAUGCCAAUCUGGAAACGGUGGUCAAUGAAAUGCGUCAACGCUACAUGAUUCCGAGGCUUCGCGUAGUUAUAAAAACCGUAUCCCGAAUGUGUCAAUAUUGCAAGCUCCGUAGAAGUAAACCAGGAACACCACCGAUGGCCCCAUUACCGUCAGCGCGUCUAGCUUAUCAAGUCCGCCCGUUCAGCUACACCGGAGUCGAUUACUUUGGACCGCUGUCGGUAAAAGUAGGAAGGUCUAACGUCAAACGCUGGAUCGCACUGUUCACCUGUCUCACUAUACGUGCGGUACACCUUGAAGUCGCUUAUGACUUAUCCACAGCUUCCUGCAUUAGGUGCGUUAGGAGAUUUGUUGGUCGUCGCGGUCCACCAGUAGAGUUUUUUAGUGACAACGGAACGAAUUUUCAAGGCGCUGAGCGAAUUCUUCGUGAGCAGAUAAACGUGGGACUGUCGGCCACAUUUACCAGUGCAGCUACCAAAUGGAAUUUCAUUCCCCAGGGGCCCCGCACAUGGGUGGUGCGUGGGAACGUUUAG